CCCUCAAACUAUCGGGCUGAGAAGUCACGCUGCUGGAGUGAAAGGGGAAAGCUAUCCACUUACAAAGACACCCGAUAUCACUCGCAUGGCGCACGGGUAACCGGAUCAGCUUCGGGCAGAAACGAGGCGGGGUGACGGACUAAAGGAAUCUGAGGUGAAGAAUAAAAACAAUGUCUGUUUCCUCUACUGAAGUGACAGUGGCAGGCGAGAUCAAAAAGGAAAAUGUGAAGUACGCGGAGCCUCUCGAGAGCUCCACGGACAGUCGGGGGCACGUCAAACUCCUGAUUCUGGACACUCCAGUGGCCACCGGGAUGCUCGUCAGGCAGCACCAGACGCAGACCUCUCCACCAGAGCGCAAGAUGCCCACUAUGGACUCUUUGUCUGCGCACACUUCACCCGCAGCAGCAUCGAACUCUUUGGCUUUCUCAGCGGAGCAGGUUGCGUGUGUUUGCGAGGCGCUUCAGCAGGGGGGCAACGUGGAUCGACUCGCCCGGUUUCUUUGGUCUCUCCCGCAGAGCGACUUACUGCGCGGGAAUGAAAGUAUUCUUCGCGCUCAGGCGCUGGUGGCUUUCCACCAGGCGCGUUACCCGGAGCUUUACAGCAUCUUGGAGAGCCACAGUUUCAGCCCCUCGUGCCACUCUGCCCUGCAGGACUUAUGGUACAAAGCCCGGUACACGGAGGCGGAGAAGGCCCGCGGUAGACCACUGGGCGCAGUGGAUAAAUAUCGCCUGCGACGCAAGUUUCCGCUUCCCCGGACCAUCUGGGAUGGAGAGGAGACGGUGUACUGCUUCAAAGAACGCUCAAGGAACGCGCUGAAGGACCUCUAUAAGCAGAACCGGUACCCGUCCCCGGCCGAGAAAAGGAAUCUGGCCAAGGUCACAGGACUGUCCCUCACACAGGUCAGCAACUGGUUCAAAAACAAGAGGCAGAGAGACAGAAACCCGUCAGAGGCGCAGUCCAAAAGUGAGUCAGAUGGAAAUCACAGUACGGAGGAUGAGAGCAGUAAAGGUCGGGAGUCUCUGUCCCCGUGUCCAAUGUCAAUCUGUGCUGAUGGGACCAUAGGCAAUGCAGUUCUUCCUCUCUGUUCUGGAGAUCUGGAGGCCGGGGUCAUUGUCCAGCAGGCUGGAGACAGCAGGACCUCUGUCUCGCCACCAUCCGUCAUCUUUAACAGAGUCUCAAUCAACACUCCCACUUCUGUUUUCCACAAUGGCACCCCUUCAUUUCUUUCCACCACAGGACAUGUCCUCUUCAGUGGCAUGAACUUGGAACUCCAGUCCCUGGUUUGCAGGUCAACGGCAGAUGUGGAAAUGGAUGAUAGAGGACAGGACAAAGGGGUAACUGAAGAUCCUGCACUGGCGUACCCCUUAUUUCACUGCAGUGUGAAUGGGACAGACACAGAGGUGAAAGCAGAGGAUGUAAGGCAGGAUGUGUUGGUCCAGAACCAGACCACGUCCAUUAGCUCCGCCUUUACUGUCACCCCAUCCAAUGGCUUGCAGCUUGAAGGUUACAACUUGGAUCCUGAAGACAAUGGGACCUCGCUGCUUAGUAACAAGGUGGCACUUCCUACCUUGCAACUCUCAUCAUCUUCUUCACCCUCAUCAGUCACACAAGGCGUUGCUGAUGACAGUUCUCCUGCUCCUGCCUCUCUGUGCCACAACCAGGUGGAGAAGCAGGACAGGCUGCAGCUGACCUCUCUUGAGUCCAGCACAGCACUCUACAGUCUAAGUAGCAUUCACACACUGUCUGCUGUGAAGAAGGAACCUUUGGAGACUCCUGGAGGAUACCUUUACCACCUGGGUUACAGUCCUGACCCCACCCACAGCUCCCCCACCAGACUUAACACCAUCAUGACAACCACCCUUCAAGACUACACCACUCUCACAGUGAGUGCAGCCUUACUUGCCCAAACGGACCUUACCAGUGAGUUCAGAGGUCAUGAUGCCCAGAUGACCUCAAACCUAAAUGGAGACUUCCUAUGUGCGGUUUCAGAGGGAGGGAAGGGAGAGAUGAGAGCAGUCGAGGAUGAAGGGGGGAAACAACUGACAAAACUAAAAACAGUGCAUAUAGAGGAAGAGAUGACUGACCUCUGAAUGUGGAGAAGUGGAGAAGGAGGUAAAAUACUUUUUUUUACAGAAAAUCACAACAUUAUUUUUUAACAACAGUUUUUUUUAUGUUUUCAGACUCUAAAUGUUUUGUAUUAUUCUGAAUUAUUUUCAGAUGUGUUAUUCUGAAUUAUUUUGGCAAAUUUGUCUUGAUUUGGAGAAUCUAUGCAAAGUCAUAUUUGAAUAUUUUGAAGUUUUUGAAAGUGUUUUUUCCCCCCUCUUUCUCUCUCUUUCCACACACAGAUAUCUUUGUACUCUAUAAGUUAUUGUGUAUAACAAGGGUAUUCAAACUGGGGAACAGGAAUCCUCAGAGGUACACAUGAGAUUACUAGGGGGGUCCAUGGAAAAAAUUAACAAAAAUAUAGUAAUAUAAAUCAAUAAAUCAAUAAAUCAAUAAUUGACAUCAUUAUUGUUUAAUUCUGGCUGAAAAUCCAGAGAUUAAUUACAAUUAAUAAUUUUAUAAAAAAGACUCGGUAACAUAAAAGAAACAGAGUAACAUAAAAGAAACCUUUAUGAAAAAUAUUUUUCAGAUAAUAUUAUAAAAAAACACUUAAAAUAUAAUUUAUUUUUCACAGGAGAAACUGGGUCUUUACACACAAACAUAUGUAACUUCCUUUUGUAUUUUAGGAAUGGGCUCCCUUGGAAGGGAAUAAUCAUUUGGGAGUCCAUGGUAUCAAAAAGUUUGAAAACCUCUGGUAUGUAAAAGAAAAAUAUAUUUUUUCAUGUUUGCCUCCACAUCACUUCCAUCAAUCAUUUUAUACUAAGUGUUUACAUGAAUUUUUGAGCUACAGGUACUUGACAGAUUUCAUUUUCUCUCUGUCGCUCGCUUUAUCUCUCUAUCUCUCUUUCUCUCACAGUGGGGAGUGUGGACGUAUGUGUGUUUUAUGAGAGUCACCUGCUAGUUUCUGCCAAGAAGAGUUGAGUUUAGCAGACAGGUGGAUGUCUGGUCAUGUGUCAUCUGACUCAAACCUUAAAGGUCACCCACCAUGGAAACACACAUGCACAGACACACUUUAUUCCCAUUCCAAAAAUACAAAAUCUAUGACAAUCUUUGUGGCAUUGCCAUAAUCAUUACAUUGGCUACAGCUUCCAGUUACAUUAAUAAUAGGCAAGAAAUAUGCAGAUAAUAUUGUAGACGGACAACACAUAUAUCAAUACAAAUACACAAUGUUUGCUUAUACAAACUAAGGGAUGAGUCAGAAUGGUUGGUAAUCGACUGCUUGUCACAGAUGCUGUAACAGAUGUUGUACGACUGUCAAAGUUUAGGGUAUUAUCUGUGCACAAAAUAUGCUAAGCACUACUUGUUAAUUUGACAUGCAAACCGUUUUGAGAAAUAUGGGAUAUAUAUUUAAAAUAGUGAAAUUAACUGUUUUCCUGAAGGAUUUGAUUAAACUCACCAUCCGGGUGUUGCAAUGGUG